CACCCGCGCCCGCGCCAUGCCUGCUGCACCCUUCUAUCCGGGGCGCCGCCUGUCUUAUCAAACCGACCUGUGCACCGUCCGCUAUGUCGGCCCCGUCCAGGGCACCAAGGGCGACUGGCUAGGCGUCGAGUGGGACGACCCCGCCCGCGGCAAGCACGACGGUUCGCAUGGCGGCGUGAGAUAUUUCGAGUGUGCCAGAAAGCAGCAUCCCACGGCCGGCUCUUUUGUCCGCCCCACCCGGCCGUCUGAUCCCCCAAAUUCCUUCGUCGAGGCUCUGCACAAGAAAUAUGCCUCUGAGCAACUCGACGAAGACGUCGUCAUUCCCGGUCUUUCCGUCCAAAUCAUUGGAAAGGCUCCCGACCAUGUUCCCGUUGAUUCGCGCGGAAAGGCCAUCAUGUUCAACGGCAAGGUUGCUGAAGAAGUCGGCUUCGACAAGAUCCGAAAACGCCUUGCCGACCUGAAAGAGCUGCGAAUCGUCAUCCUCGACGGUAUGUUGAUGGCUCGUCCUUUGCCUGCGCUCCAGUUGCCAGAUGGCGAACUUGCAUCUGAACACUUGACGGACGUCAAGGAUACUUCCCCCAAAAUCUACGAGCUCGACCUUAGCCGGAAUCUGCUCGAAGAGUGGCGAGAAGUUGCCUCUAUCUGCAUUCAACUUGAAAGUCUCAAGAAUCUUCGAGUAGAUGGCACCAGACUAAGAAGCAUCCAACUGGACGCGAAUCUCUCCUCAGCUUUUUCCAAAGUUACAACUCUUGGCCUCGAGGAUACUCUCCUCAGCUGGGAAGAAGUGGUCGCAAUUACCUCUAGGUUCCCAAGCCUGACAUCGCUAAACGCUUCCAACAAUGCCUUCAGCAAACUAUCCGACGCUUUCUUGCCGAGCAGUAUCACCGAACUCAUCCUUGAAAAGAACGGGUUCCAGGCAUUGAGCGAUCUGGCCCCUUUGACGAAGUUGCCAAACCUCAAAGUUCUGCGUCUCAAGAACAAUAAAAUUUCAGUGGUCAAUGAUACUGAGACUUCCAACGAGUCUCCGGUGUUUUCUUCGAGUCUAUUCGAAGUCGACUUAUCAUAUAAUGCAGUGUCCGACUGGGCCUUUAUUGAUGCCAUCCCCAGCGCCUUCCCCGGUUUGACCGCCGUACGCUUUUCGGAAAACCCCUUGUACAAAGACCUUCGCACUGUCGACGGCAGGUCUCUCACGGCAGAUGACGGAUACAUGCUCACAAUCGCGCGUCUUGGCAACCUUAAGAGCCUGAAUUACAGCGCCAUUGUUGAAAAAGAAAGGCUGAAUGCCGAAACGUGGUACCUCUCACAGAUUGCGGCCGAGUUAUCAUCAAACCCCGAGAGCAAAGAAAAAGACAUUAUCGCAAGCCAUCGCCGGUACGGAGAGCUAUGCGCCGAGUACGGAGACCCCGUUGUGAAGCGCGCAGAGGGGGGUGCAGCGUUGAUUCAUCCGAACUCUCUGGCAGCAAGGUUGAUUCGGUUCACGUUCUACGCCGGGGAGUCUGUCAAGACACGUCUCAGCGCAGAGGUAGAGACUGAGUUUAGCGUGGAGCUGCCUCGCAGCUUCACGAUCUACAGCGCAUUGGGCGUUGUGGGGAAGAGAUUUGGACUGCCACCACUGGAACUGCGUCUUUUGUGGGAGACGGGGGACUGGAUUCCGGUGGAGGAGAUAUUUGAACGUGGGACGGAGGAGAUUGGGGAGUGGGACAGCGAUUCGGAAGAAGAAAAUAGCGGCAAGCAGGAGGCGAAGACGAUCAGGGAGGUGGAGUGGGUAGCGGGGACUAAAAUGGUGGGGACGUGGGUGGAGGGGAUGGAGGGUCGGGUGAGGGUCGAGGCAAUGGCGCAAGGCGUGAGGUUGGGGUAAGGUGUGGUAAUUGCCAACUAGAGGGAGAUCCAAGAUUAGAUUGCGUUUGCUAUUCGUAGUUACUGGGAGGACGGCGGCUUUUACAGCAGCUCUAUCGUCCAGAGUCGGGGCAAUAGUCAAGCCGCAUAGGGGCUGGCAGCCUUUACUUCCUACCUAGGUUCCUGGCGCGGCCCUGGUAUAAUUCUCAAACGGCAGGUCCUCCUC